GGCAGGUAACCAGGAAAAAAUCCGCACUUGCAGUUACGUAAAUGUCAAAAUCGUGAAAAAAAAUCGAAAAAAUCUUCGAUUUUUCCUUCAAGAGAAGAGUUAUCGAAGAUUUUCGGACUUUUAACCCAAUUAAAAGUCCCCAUAGAAGGUCGGAAGGUGUCCAAGUUCAACCGUUACGUAACUUAAAGGCGAAUUACUAACCUUCUGUGACAUGGCUGCAAGAGUUGGUCGGAUUUGUGGGGCUGGACUGCUCAAGUCCAAUACUAACCUUUCAUUAAACAUAAUUAAGGUCAAUUCCUAUUCAACAUCAAGAGAAUGGACUAAAGGAAGGAAAGCGCUAAUGGGCACCCUUGGUGUCUUAACCGGAGGAGCAGGCGCUCUAAUUUUUGCCCUAGAUAGGUCUGUACGAGCCUCAGACCUAGAAUUGCAUCCGCCUAAGAACCCUUGGAACCAUAAGGGUUGGUUCAGUUCUCUCGAUCAUGCUAGUAUUAGAAGAGGCUACGAGGUAUAUAAGCAGGUGUGUGCGGCCUGUCACUCCCUAAGGUUUAUCGCUUAUCGUAACUUGGUCGGUGUCUCUCACACCGAGGAAGAAGCCAAGGCGGAAGCCGAGGAGCAAAUGAUCACCGACGGACCCGAUGAUCAAGGAAACAUGUUCAAAAGACCUGGCAAAUUGUCCGAUUAUGUCCCCAGUCCGUAUCCGAAUGAGGAGGCUGCUAGAGCAGCCAACAAUGGUGCUUUCCCACCCGAUUUGAGUUACAUCGUAUUGGCUAGACACGGAGGUGAAGACUACAUUUUCUCACUGUUAACGGGCUACUGUGAUCCUCCGGCCGGUGUCGUACUCAGGGAGGGCCAGUAUUACAAUCCUUACUUCCCCGGUGGUGCCAUAUCUAUGGCACAAGCUUUGUACAAUGAGGCUAUGGAGUAUUCCGAUGGUACUCCGGCCACUGCUAGUCAAUUGGCAAAGGACAUCUCGACCUUCCUUAAAUGGACCUCCGAACCAGAAUGGGAUGACCGUAAACGGAUGACCAUUAAGGCAGUCGCAAUUUUCACGAUUUUAACCGCAGUUUCCUAUUAUAUUAAGAGAUUCAAGUGGUCGUCGCUUAAAACGAGAAAGAUCGAGUUCAAACCUAAGAGUAAGUGAGAAGUGUGAAAUAUUGCAGCGUGACCCAACACUAGCCAAUUUAAAAUCUUCUUUUUUUUUUUCUAAAAAACAUAAACUUAUUAUUAUAUGCUUCAAGUUUAAUUUUAUUAUAAUUAUUGUAAAUAUUACGGAUAUAUUAGGGAUAAUCAAUGGCGUUUUUUCUGUAUUUAUCAAGUGUUACCAAGAACAGGAUUUAGAGGGCAUAACAUGAUUUUUUUUUUGAUUUGUUUGUAACCAUUAUACCGUCGUCAGUUGCGUGAAGUCACGUUAUUUGUUAAAUAAAUUAUACAUUUUA